UUGUAAACAGUCUCUGAGCUCAGUUGUUAGGGGUUCACCAGACCACAAUCAUUUUUAUAAUCUCACCGUCCAAAACAAUUACUCUCCAUAACAAAACAAAGGAAGCAGAUUAAAAAUGAACGUUGCACAAUUAAUUAAAUCAUCUUCUGCCCUUUAUAUAUCACAAAUCCCAUGCAUCUCUUCAUACAAACCUCACCCAUCUUCACAAACUCUCUCUCCUUCUUCUUGGCUGGACAUACAAAAUGGUCUCGCUGGAAACAGUUCAAGCGACCUCUAGAUCCAUUGAUCAAACUUCGAGUCCUAGAAUUUCUUUCUCUGCAGAAUUUCUUGAUGAAAACAACUUCAUUUCCAUUAGUCCAAACACUUUGCAGCCUGAAGAAGACCAUGAAAUGGAAAGAGAAAAGGCAAGAAAUGCAGAAUUUGAGUUCCUCUCAGGCAAUAUGAGUAGCCACGCCAUUUUAACUGCAGACGAGCUCUUUUUUGAAGGGAAGUUACUUCCCUUCUGGCAAAUGCAGCAAUCUGAGAAACUCCAUAAAAUCAGCCUCAAAAGUAAAGAAACUAUGGAAGUAGAAGAAGAAGAGGAGGUGAACAAGGAGGAGCCUAGAGUAAGUUGGUUUGUUGAUGAUGACCCAUCUCCAAGGCCCCCAAAAUGCACAGUUCUCUGGAAAGAAUUGCUGAGGUUAAAGAAGCAACGUGCUUCUUCUCUCUCACCAUCAUCAUCUUCCUCCUCAACAUCAUCUUCUUCUAGCUCCCUAGCCGAUAUCGUUACCACAGUAGAAGCCAAACAAGGCUCUGGAAACAGAGACAAGCAAGGGAAAAGGAUGAAGAAAGGAUUGGAGAGAACCAGAUCAGCUACUAUUAGGAUAAGGCCAAUGAUAAAUGUGCCCAUUUGCAGCCCGGUGAAGAGCAGUCCUUUGCCACCUUUGUUUCCCCUUAAGAAGGGGAGAUUAGAAAGAUGAGGUGAGGAGAAAAGGUGGUAGCUCAAGCUUGUCUGCGUUCUGUAGGAUUGUCUAAUAUGUUGAGCUUUCUUAUCAGUUCUUUCAUUUCAAGUCGACUUCAGACUCUUUUUUUUUUAUAAUUUUAUUUCCCUACUUCUGUAUCUAGAUUAUGUUAAUUUCGAUGAAUCUUUUAAAUUAUAAUGUAAAUGAUAACAUUACAUA